CUCUGGCAUCUUCUUCGGAGUCUGAGGCUCCUGAACGAUUAAGAAACUGAAUGUGAAGCUCGGAACAGCGCGAUCAAGGAGCUGACACGAGCGGAUCAGCGUCUCAUAUCAGGGCAGUUACACGUUGGGUCCAAUGCAGGGCAAUCCUAAUAUGGAGGGCAUGAACCCAGAAAAGUUCAAGAGCAGGAUGCACAGCUUGGCGUACGGCCAAGCGAUGGCAGCAGCAGCCAGAGAUUACCAAAAGGAAAUGCUGGUAAGCGCCAGAGCUGGACCAGAUUCGAGUUUCAGGGAAGUGGAUGUGGAUGACCUUCUUGAUGACCCAGAGCUGGAGAGGCUGCAUGCAGAGCGGCUGGCUGUGAUGCAGAAGGAAGCAGAGAAGCGAAUGGUGCUGCAGCGGAAAGGGCAUGGGGAGCUUCAAGAGGUGCAGGAAGGGGACUUUUUGGAGGUGGUCACAUCGGCGCCACGCGUGGUGUGCCACUUCUUCCACCGCGAGUUUGAGCGCUGCAAGAUCAUCGACAAGCACCUCACUGUGCUGUCGCGCAAAUACUUCGAGACCCGCUUCAUCAAACUCUCUGCGCCGGAUGCGCCGUUCUUCACGGUGAAGCUGAACGUGAAGGUGCUGCCGUGCAUAGUGCUGUUCUCCAACGGCGUUGCCGUCGACCGCACCGUUGGCUUUGAGGAGUUUGGCGCCAAGGACGACUUCUCAACAGAGUCAGUGGAGCGGCGACUGCUGCGCAGCGGCGUGAUACUUCCUCCCACGCGAUCUGAGGAUGACUCAGAGGAUGAGUCAUUCACGCCAGCAGAGCACAUCAGGCGGACUGUGUACGGCUCCCGGCAUGACUCGGACGAUGAAGACUCUGAUUUUGACUAAACGGCCAUGCUUAAUGUUCAAAAAAGGUCAGCUCAAGUUUGACAAGGGCGUUGCUGCAGAGAUACUCCUUUGAACAUUUCGUUGCACUGGCACAAUUUCUACGAUUAAGGAUAGAAGAGAUAUACUUGGAUAUGAGGAGUGCACUUCCUGUUGACUGUAAAAGUACAGUGUAAGUGACUGAAGAUUGAU